GGGUGGGGAAGUAAGAUCAAUGCUAGAGGGUUAUAAAUACACAUGGUCAUUGCAAAACUUAAGUAAUCUUCUGGACACACUGACAUACCGGACUUUUGUGGGAAAUAUCAUCACCAAAAUGCAUAUGCAUCACGUUAACCUGGCAAAAUUUGGAAUUUGCACAUUAAUCUUACUAGUGCUGAUGUACCAGGUGUCUGCUGUGCCAAUAGGGACUCCUGAGGUGCAAUCAGAUCUUCAGUCAUCACAUAUACUUCACCGCAAGAUACGAAUGUCCCCUUUGUGGCGAAUUAUGGGGUUCAAACCAUAUGGAGCCUACUGCCAUGACAACAUAGAGUGCACUACAGGUUUAUGCAGGAACGGUCAUUGUUCAUUUAAUGAGCCUGUUCAUUCGUAGCCGGGGUGGAAGCCUGAAAUCUUUUCGCUUAUUAGUCAACCCAAUAUAUAUUUUAUAGCCGUAGGCUGUUUCAAGCACUUUAAUUUCUGAACUGUAUUUAGCGCGGUACAUGUACUGUGCAGAGCAUGUAAAAAGACUGACUUGAAAAGUUACAUUAGUUUCACUGUAUGUUUUAUGUUCAAGCCAUUUAAAAACAUUAAUUAUUGGUCAUUAAACAAGAGAACUGACAUUGUAAAUAUACUUAAAAAAGACUGUAUUAAUCUGUUUAAGCAUUUUUAAUUUCUGUAAUGCAGUAUUAACAAACACAGUGCUGUGCAUUUGUUACUGUUUAGGACUUGUUGGAAGGCUAAAAUUUCUAUUUUAAGAUCUAUAUAUGUAUAAAAUAAUUAUAGUCAUGUAAUAUUUGAUGUAAAGUACUGUAUAAGCUAUGGGGGCUUACAGAAGGCCUCAGUAGUGUCAGUUAAAAUCUAUACUAGGCACCAGGCCAGUGAGAGAACGUGCACAGCCGUGCAUAAUUUUUUCAGGAUGUUCUAUGUUCUGAGAAAACCCAGUACUAAUGGCAAAGGGCCCUGAAGUCCCUCAGUAUCCACAUGUUAGUGAGAGGAGUAUUUGCACAAGAAUGUACUGUAACAAACUGAUGUCAUUGUACUGUGAACGGCCUCCACAUGUACCCAGAUUGCAUGUUCUUUUUCUGAUGAGAGCAAAGUUUAAGUUGGUCAAAUAAAUCACUAAAAAUA